UUCAAAUAAAAGUCACAUGAUACUUAGCUUAUCAUUUAUACAAAAUCUUGCGUAGUAACAAAAAUUAAAUUUUUAACCACCAAAUCGCACCAAGAUUCAAAAAAUAUUGCUUCUAAACCUUAAACAAAUAAACUCAUUACAUAAAACUACAGAAUAGCUACCUAUAUAUUCUUUGAUAAAACAGGUCAUUGGAUAAAACCUAUACCUUUUUUUUAAACGGUCAUUCGCUUACAUACUUUCACGCAGCGCAAAUCGCGUGGAUUCUAUAAGAGCUUGCUUUGGCAAAUUUAAAUUUUCAUAAAAACGAGUAAAUAGUUGAAAAUGCGUGUAGCAAUUAUCGGAGCAGGUGCUGCCGGUUUGACAACGGCAAAACAUGUAGCAAGUUCCAAUAUGGAUCUGGAUGUUUUUGAAAUGAGAGAAGAAUUGGGUGGUGUUUGGGCUUAUACUGAUGAUGUUGGUGAGGAUCGGUACGGGUAUCCAGUGUAUUCUGCUAUGUAUAAAGGCUUGAGGUUAAAUCUUCCCAAAGAAAUAAUGGGGUUUUCUGACUUUGACAUACCUGCCCGAGAAAAUUGUUAUUUGACGCAACCUGAGAUGUUAGACUUUCUCAAACUCUAUGCAGAGACUUUUGACUUAAUCAAAUACAUUAAGUUUAAUACAAUGGUAAUGGAUAUUUCUCCAGUUGACGAUAAAUGGAAAGUAACUACAGUUUAUAAGCCUACUAAGAAAGAGACCACAGAUGUGUACGAUUCUGUUAUUAUUUGCAAUGGUCACUAUAAUAAUCCCAUAAUACCCACACUACAAGGCCAAGAGCACUUUACUGGUACCAUCGACCACAGCCGCAAUUAUAGGAACUCAGAAAAAUUCAGGGGCAAAAGAGUGCUAGUGAUUGGAGCUGGUUCUUCCGGCAUGGAUUUGACUAUGCAUGUUUCAACCGUAGCGGAGCAUGUAACAUUAAGUUAUCACGCUCCUGAAAGAAUUAAAAUUCAGUAUCCUCCAAAUGUGGAAAUCAAGCCUGACGUUCAAAAAAUUGUCGGAUCUGAUAAAGUUGAAUUCGUUGAUGGAUCCUGUUGUCGUUACAACGCCAUACUUUUCUGUACAGGUUACAGAUACAGCUUCCCUUUCCUUAGCGACUCCUGCGGACUCACCGUUGACGACCACCACGUCCGACCCUUAUAUAAACACAUAAUCCACAUUGACAGACCUACUAUGUGCUUUAUUGGAAUACCUUAUGAAGUGUGCACUUUUCUAAUGUUUGAUUUACAAGCCAGAUACGUUUGCAAAUACCUCACUGGUGACAUGGACUUGCCCUCAAAAGAAGAAAUGCGAUUGCACACAGAAAAAGAUGUGGAAGACCGUAUAGCAAAAGGUUAUACAAAACGUCAAAUGCAUAUGAUGGGGGUAGGGCCAAAUCAACAGGCGUACUACGAUGACUUGGCUCAGGAAGCAAAUGUAGCAACAAUUCCUUCUGUAAUGGUCAAAAUUUGGGAAACAGCUAUACACAGGCUGUUGAGUGACUUUAUUAAUUUCAGAGGGGAUAAGUAUAGGAUAGUGGAUGAAAAUAACUUUGUACAAGUAACAAAUUAAAUAGUGGUAUCCGUGUUUAUCUAGAAAAUAGCAUUUUUUUAUGGUUGAAAUAUGAUAAUUGUAUUCCAUACUACAAAAAUUGUUAAUGGAUGGUUCUGGUGCUGACUGGGUUGACACAGACCCUCGCCUUUUGCAUAUUGU